AUGAACAAUCCGGCAGCAGAGGCGAAGCCAACUUCGUCUGGCGGUAGAGAGCACUCAGCAAACAUCAUCGACGCGCCGAAGGCAUACCCGCAGCAGGAUCCGGCAAAGGCGAUGAAUCUGAUUACGAUGGAUUGUCGAGGGUUGGAGUUUGUGGAGUUCAGGGCUGAUGGCGACUGGAAGGCCGUGGGAGCGGAGUCGGGGACAAAGUUUAGUGGAAUUGAUUUGACUGAGGGGGAUUGGUAUGAUUACGAUGAGAAGGCGGGGGAGGAGAUGCCUGCCAUGCACCUCGGGUAA